AUGACCACCAAAAGUCGUUUAUGGAUGGCUCUAAAUACUACCGAGAUAGUCAAACCGAAAAAAAAGAAUUAUAAUAAAAUUUUAUCAAUAAAUUUCAUAUAUUCAAAAAUUGAAACAAAAACUUCAUUUAUUAUGGGUUACGAGUUGAUAGAAGAAUUAAAUACAACAACGUUGUCAAUGCCUAAUCUGAUGAUAAAUGUUCAAGCGGCUAGUCAUGUGUACUUAGCACGAAGUAAAUUAGAUGCAUCAAAAUCGGCUCAUAUGCUUCUUAUCAUUGAUAUGUUGGGCGGUUCUGAUGAACAAAAUAUCUCAGGUUUAAUGGUGCAUGUGAAAGCAAAUAUUGGUGACCGACAUUAUCCACAUACAACAAGUCUAGAAGUAGAACCAUGGUCUUGUUCACGCAAACAACUUCAUAUUAUUUAUAUUGGAAAUUUGACAGAAAGUGAAUAUUUAUUAAAUCCAAUUUUUAUACCACCUUAUGUUAUACAAUAUCAAACACCUGCUAUUUUUCAACAAAUAGCUAAUAUAAAUAUACCAGUUGGUAUUCGAUGUAAUUUAAUUCAUUUAUUAGCAAAUACUGUUUAUUACAAAUUAGUAUCCGAUAAUAACAAUCAAGAACGGUGGACAUCAUCCCUUAAUUGUCAAAAGUUUGCACGAGCUUUUUUAAUCGAUGGAUUGGGAUUAAAAUGGCCUGAUACAGAAAUAGCUGGCGAUCAAUUCGUUUAG